UGGUGAAAUGGCGAUCAUCAUUAACCUCCUUUCUACUGCUUUUCUCUCUGCCUCCCAUCCGAUGGAUUACAGGUAAUGGUAGGGAGAAGAGCGUUCGUCGUGGGAUUUGGUUAGCUACGAAACGAAUUCUUGGUGAUCCUGUAGGUCAUAUUGUUGCCAUGGCUGCUGGAAUUUCUUCUCCAAGGAAGAUAAAGAUCAACGGAUUUAUGAAUGUGUUGUCAUCCGCUUCAUGUGAAUGGUUCUUGAUGUUCUUGCUGUAUGUCGAUGCAGCACUUUGGUAUCUGCUCCUAAAAUUCGCGCGCUAUUGUGAACUGGAAACACCUUGUCUGUUGUGCUCGAGGCUUGAUCAUGGUUUGGAAAAAAAGAAACACGCAUUGUGUUGGAGCUUAUUGUGCAGUGAGCACAGAGAAGAAAUAUCUUCACUGGUGUCUUGUUCUGUCCAUUCUAGAUUUGCUACUGUUCAUAGCAUGUGUGAAGAGUGUCUCACAUCGAUUGCUAUGCAGAAAAAAUCGAGUUCCCCUGAGAACAUGACCUGUUCCUGCUGCAGCAUCAUGGUGAAGUCUAAAUCUAACACUGGAAGAUUGCUACAACUUGACCCCCUUGGUUUUGGGGCUUCUAGGGAAAACAUUAGGCUGCCUCAUCCUCUUACACCAAGUUCGAGUAAUUUCAGUCACAGUGAUAGCCUAAAGAGGAUUAGAGAAAAGUACGCAGGCACGGUGGUGACAGAUCAACCAGCUCAGAGAAAUAGUGUUGAUGCUGACACAAGGCCUACUACUGUAGCGUAUACGGAGCUAAAAUUGUCCUCUGAUUCCGAGUCUGAAUUUGCACAUUCAGAAGAUGAUGAUGAUGAUGUUAACACUGAUAAUGAAAAAAGCUUGCACGAACCACCAUCUGAUAGCGAUGCUCUAAAGAGCCAGACGGGUCAAGGUUUUGAUGUGAAAUAUAUAGCUCUUGAUCCACCUAGUAUGAUUAAAACAAGCGAGCACAAGAAUGAGGACACUUUGUCAUCUAAUGCCAAUACAAAGCAUUUUGCAGAUCUUGAUAAGGAAGAAGUGGCUUAUUAUAAACGCAGUUCAUCUUUGACGCGGAAGCAAUUUUCUUUAGGUGACAGUUUCUCACCACGCGAUGGUGGUGUUGGUCAUUUUACAGAGACAUCUGAAUCCAGCGUUUCUCUCCCUCACAUGCCAUCCAUCUCUGUACCGUCUGAGGUUAUUUCUGUAUGCAGUGUUUCUCCAUUGUCCAAUGACACAACACCAGAAAAAGAAGACACUGGGGAAAGCAGCGAGAAUGGAGAACUAUCUGAGGCGAGUCACACAGAAGCUACUGCAAGGACUAAUUCAGAUGAUACACGUCAUAUUGAUGCUUCAAUUCGUGAUGAUGAAACUCCACAACUAUUAUCCAGGAGUGCUUUUGAACCCACUGAUACCUGUGAUUAUGCUAAAAUUGAAGAUGCGGCUGCAGUAUCCACUUCUGAUGUGGGCUUAUUGCAAGAAGAACCCAGUCAUAGAGUUCAUCAUAAACGUGAUGAAUUUAAAAUAACAGAAGAUCCUUAUUCUAAGGAAGUUCCAUUUCCAGCUUCAUCAGAAAUUGAGGACUCCUCAUAUAUAUCUGUGGAUGAAAUCACUGUGAACGACAUUGAAGGUGAAAGUGUUGUGAAUCAACUACAACGACAGAUUGAGCAUGAUCACAACUGCCUGAAUUCUUUGUAUAAGGAAUUGGACGAAGAAAGAAAUGCUGCUGCUAUUGCAGCAGAAGAAGCAAUGGCCAUGAUUACAAGAUUACAGGAGGAGAAGGCAUCAUUACGCAUGGAGGCACUAAAUUACCUAAGGAUGAUGGAGGAGCAAGCAACAUAUGAUGCGCAGGCAUUGGAAAAUGCUAAUGAUCUUCUUGCUCAAAGGGAGAAGGAAUUGCAGGACUUGGAAUAUGAGUUAGAAUCUUACAGAAAUAAUUUCCUUGAUGACCCAGAUGAAGCUGAUAUAGAAGAGACCUCAGAUCUGGAUACUCAAACUGCAGCUAAUACAGAAACAAGUCUUGGGGCUUCUAGUAAUUCCUAAUCUGACAAAAACUUGAGAGCCUGCGGCAACUGCAAACCUAGGAGUGACUCAGUAUCAAGCUUUGAGGAUGAUAUAUAUGUAUACUCUGGCAAUGUUUGAAGGAAGUUGGAGGAGCUCCAUCAAGCUCAUUUUAGUUUGAAACUUAAAUGAAAUGCCUCGUGGCCCAAGUUCUAGAUCUAUUAAGUAGAGGCUGCCAAUCUCAAAUUUUACUCAACCAACAAGAACAAUUUCUCUCAUGAGAAUGAACAGAAUACCUCUGUUGUGCAAAAAGUUAUUCUGUAUCUUCUACUAAAAAAUUGCACAGAAAACUCACAUCGAUGGUGAUGACCAACCAGCCAGAUCUUCAUCUGUCGAUAACAAUGUAAGUAUUACCUUUCGAUACACUAAUUGCUAAAUUUAUGUACAUCCCCACUCUAAUAUGUAUUACUACAAAAAAUUGGGCCUGGCUCGAAGGUUUAAUUCAUUUCUCUAAAACAUAUAUUAUCAUUUUGAUUAUGUUUUCUGAUUCUGAUUAAUAAAAAUGUGUAGGUCAUAGAGUACACACAAAGUUCCUUAUAGGCUAUAAGUUCUACGAUUAAACUGGUAGUGCCAUGUUUGUUCUUUGUUAUCCAUUUUGAGAACACUGAUUGAACUUAAGAUUGCAAAGAAUGAUCACUUAUUAAGAUAAAUUUGUAGUGUCAUUCCCAGAGUAUGAUAUUGAAUGGAUAUUAUAACAAUCAUCACAUGACUGAAAUUUGGCUUCAAGACGCUGUUAGAGAAUAGAAGCGAUGAGAAGGAUCAAAGAGUGAAAGUUGGCACUUGCACUUACAAUUUUCAACGAUGGUGUCCCUUGAUCUGCAAGGACUCUAUUUGUAAAUGAAAGAAGUAAAUAAAUUACAUUAAAUAAAGGAUAAUAAGCUAUAACUGGCUGCCAGCCCUCUCAGAACCUCCUCUCCGUCACUAGUAACUGAUGGAACUCCCAUAUAACCAUUGCACCCCUUCUUCCGCAAGCUUGCAUGAUGUGUCUCAUAUGCUAAAGAAAUGCCAUUCUCUAUUUAAAUUGGUGUUGGUGUUUGCGGAUGAAACAUACAAUUGGUGUAAAUAGAGAACUGAGCGUUGGAACUCCAUGGACUACAUCAGAUCAAUAAUUAUGUACAUGCUUUAAUGCUGUUUUGGAGUUAUGCCAAAAAAUGACUGGAAGGGAUCUGCUUUGGCACACAGAGAGCUUCACAACAUCUGUAAUAAUCAAUCAGAGGGGCCAAAAUGGAGAUGAUCAAGAUGUUCUGAUCGGUAAAUGUCAUCCUAACGAUGGAUGUAGUCACAAGAAGCUUCAAAGGGAUCUACUUGAACCUCCACUUAAUCUUCCCCAGAAGAUUGAAUCACGCUUCAGGGGUGGAACAUGUAUAGUCAAUGUAAUCUUUGUUUUUUUCUUUUAGUUGGAGAUUCGACUGCAGAGGUAUUCGUUCUCCUUAUAAUUUUUUACAGUUUCAGGUUGAAUCUAUGCUUUUGACAAACUUGUAGCGCGUAGCUGAUCAUGUAAACUGUGGAUACGAGCUUGCAAGUCCGUUUACCUUAGUGCAGAAUGUAGAUUGCUUACCUUAAGUAA